CAUUAUCAAACAGCUGUUUGUCGGUUUUUUUUUGCAAUUGCACGUAACUUCAAAACAUUACAAAUUCCUGAGAAAUGAUAAUCCUGAAUAGAUGUACGCCUAUAAGACAAAUUUUGAGAACCUGUCAUCGCCAGGCGGUUGAAAACAGCAGCAAUAAGGCAAAUUUAACCGCAUAUUUGGGAAAAUGGCCCGAAAAAGAACAGCAGGAAUUUCGACAGCACAUGCGCAUCAUCACAGAUUUCAUCAGUGAAUCGGAGGAACAGCAGCUUCACGAGGAAAUCGAACCCUAUAUAAGUCGCCUGCGCUACGAAUUCGAUCACUGGGACGAUGCCAUUCACGGAUUUAGAGAGACAGAGCGGAAGAAGUGGUUCCCCAAAAAUCGAGAAAUUCUGGAGCGCGUGCGUCAAGUCGCCUUCGAUGGUGCAAUUAUGCCCUACGUUCACAUCCUGGAUCUGGCACCUGAGGGCGUUAUCAAGCCCCAUGUUGAUAGCACUCGAUACUGUGGCACCACAAUUUCCGGGAUAAGCUUGUUAAGUGACAGUGUCAUGCGGCUUGUGCGCACGGAUGCCCAGCGUUACCAGCAGAAAUCGUCGGGCACUGCAGCGGAACCGGAUUCCAAGGGGUCAGAACCCGAUGCAGCUUAUCGCCAUCAACCGGAGGCGACGCUGGAGAACAACUUCUACGCAGAUCUCCUGCUGCCACGACGCUCCCUGUACAUAAUGAGCCACACGGCGCGCUACAAUUUUACGCACGAGAUCCUGGCCAAGGAGCAGUCCGAGUUUCAGGGCACACCGGUACCAAAGACACGUCGCAUUUCCAUCAUUUGUCGCAAUGACCCCUAAAAGCGUCUAAUAUUAUUGUUUGCGAAUGUACUUCGGUGCAUCUAAAGUCUGAAGGUAAAUCAACUUAGUACUUUUUCUUUGCCAAAAUUCUAAUUUAUCCAAAAGUUUAUUUAUGUAGUAUAUAGUUCAUAUAAUUUGGUGAAGGUACUUUUAAACAACGAUAAAUGAAUCCAAUGAAUGUACAGAUUUUUAGUUGCUAUUAAACAUUAAAUUAAAUUAAUUACUUAUUUAUUUUUAUUAAAUAUCUGACCAAUUUUACUUAAUUAUUGUUCAUUUGAGGCUGAUAUAUAAAGUUUAAAGAUUCUUUGCAUUAAGAUACAUGAAGAACCAUGUUGUUCAAUAAUCACCUCACUAUUUUUGGUUCAAAUAUUUUACCUGUUUAUAUACCCUCUGCUUUAAAUUACUUAAGUUUGAAGUAAUGAAAUAUUCGUUAAAAAAAACACAAAAUAAAUAUUUAUAAAUUUGCUUUAAAACUAAAA